UUAGCAUUUUUGACCGCAUCCACUUUGGAUUGGUAUGGAUGAAUUUCUUUUUCUGUUAGACAAUAUCCUGCAUAUGUGAGCUUUGUUGUACCAAAUACACAUUUCUUCGGGUUGAUCUUUAUGUUUCUGGCAUACAAUGCUUUGAAUAGCGUGCAAAAUCGCUCUGCCAUUUCAUCUCUACUCAAUGACCAUACAUUUUGAUUGAAAACAACCUCAUGUGUUAGAAAUGUUGUUAUGUGCCUUGAUUUUAGCUCUGCUAACUCUAGUUCUUGGUGUCCUUCUUUUAAAUCUAUCUUUGAAAAGUAUUUUGCAUUAUGCAGCUCUGAGAGGAUUUCUUUAUCUUUGGGAAUCUGGUGUCUUUCUCCUACUAUACUCUUCAUUUGUUCUUCUCAUAUCUCAACAUAAUCUUAUGGUCUAUUUGGCAUUGGUACUACUACUAUAGUUUCAACUUGUAAUCUUUGAAUUGACCCAUGCCCUCAAAUGCUCCUUUGUUGUUGUUGAGAACUUUCUGAAUGUUAGAGUCUAUUUUGUUUUCAGUUUGCUUUCCUUUACUGAUUUAUUAAGUGAAUUUGUUGGAUCUGCUUUAGAACCUAGGACUGGGCCUACUCUUAAAAGAUCAACUCUUUCUGCUGUCUUUUGUCGUAGCAAUGCUCCUCUUUAACCUUUUGUGACAUGGAAUUUUGCUUGGAUUUCAUUCCUAAAUGAUUUACCUUUUUUCUGAAUGUUCCUUUUAGUUUCAGUGGUUCUUUGCCUAGAUAAGUGUAUAUCUUAGUCUUGCUGUUUUCAAGUUGUGGUUCUUUUUGCAAUUUCUGAAAUGACAUUUUAUCAAUGAGGAUCAAUGUUGACCCACUGUCAAUGAGCGUAUUGCUUGGUGUGCAAUCUUUAUAGACUGGAUAAACUUAUUUCUCAAUUCUUCUGGCUCUGGAAACGCAAUAGUGCCGUGGUCUAGCUUUUUCUUUAUUGUGCUGCUUUCGAAAAUUCCAGCAUCAUCAUUCCUCCCACUUGCACCCACAUCUACGUAUAAAAAUUUAUAGUCCUGACUGACCAAUGCAGAAAGCAAGAUGCUGAAGAACCCUCUGUAAUUAAAAUAUUCGGAUCCUGAAUUCUUUGUCUGCUGGAUUCCAAUAUGUUUACCAUCCAGUGCACCAAUGCAAAAGGGAUAGUUCCAUUUUGAUUUGAAACCAUUGCUUACUUGCUUCCAUUCUUCUGCAAUUGAAGGAACCUUAAAGGGGAAGUUCGGUCUAAAAUGAAAUUUGGCUAUAUUGCUGUAAAUAUAACAGAAGGCUUUGUUGUGAAUUGUUUUUGCUCUUACCUCUCAUUUUACUCUGUUAUUCCACGAAAACUGUCUCCCAAAAUCGCCUCGCGACAGGCCACCAUCUUCAACUCUCACGAGGAUAAUGUUGUUGUUGCCUUUGACGUCAUCACGUUCAGAAGAUGAGAGUGACUCAAGUGUAAGCUAUGGUGAAAGUUAAUUGAUUCGGAAGGUUUCGGAUUGAGAAACAACUUUUCUCGAAAUCGGACAGUAUUUAAAGAUUUUUCGUUCAAAAUGCCGAACUGUGGUGCAUUUGGGUGCACAAAUCGCUCGAGUCAUAAUAAAGAAUUGAUGUUUCAUCAGAUACCAGGGGAAGGUCGCAACAAGCAACUCAGAAAAAUGUGGCUAACGAACAUACGUUGUGCCGGUGAAUUACCGAAAGACAAGAGUUUUUAUAUUUGCUCGGAACACUUUGCCGAAGACUGCUAUGAAAGAGAUUUUAAGGUAACUAAAUUUUUAAUUAAUACGCUAAUGCUAUUUUCUACGGGUUUUAGUAAUCGUCAGAAGUUUCGUCAGAAAUUCUGCAAAUAUAAUUUGGGUACCUCAAAGUAGCUGUAUCAUUGAGUAUGAAAUAAACCAUUUGUUAGAUAAAAACAACAUGAAAACGGCUUAUCAAUGCCUCAAACGAGCAAAAAUAAAACCACCAAUUCUAAUCUAUUUUCUCAGUCAGUUUCAUUCCAAAAAGCUUACUUGAAUGCGCGAGAUUUUUUUCUAGGGCUGAAAAUAUUGUAUUACAAAAUGAAAGGGGUAAAGCAUUUACAGGAGUGACAGAAAACAUAUCUAAUACAAACAAAAACAGCACAUAUAACAUGUUUUGCCAUAACCACUGCCAACUUCGUGUUAGCGAUGACGACUAUUAUGAGUAAUUCUUCUAUUGAUAUUGAGUCAUGAUGAAUUUCCUUUUUGCUCUGCCUGCUGCAUGGGCGUCGUGAACGCCUUGUCUGUUUGGUAAGCCGAACACAAAUUGCAAGAGGUGUAUCCAAUUUUGGGCAUGAGGGAUUAAAAUCUGAAAUAUCUCAUGCAGUGAAAUAAAUGAAAUACAAGCAUGUGAUAGGGCUGCGCUUAAUAAAAGAAGAAGAUGAAUUUUGAAUUGCUUAAAUUCAAAUUUUUCUUUAAAUUCGAAUUGAAUAAUAUUUUGUUUUAUGAAAAAUUACUUUCCAGAAAGAACUUAUGGAAAACAAGCCAGGUGCAAAAAAACUAAAGGCAGAUGCAAUCCCUACAAUCUUUGUAUUUAGGGAAUCGACACAAAAGAGGAAAAAUUCCAUAGAGCGGGCUGCAAGGGAAGAAAAACGCAGAGUUUGUAUUGUUUUAUUCGUAUUAAGACUUUCAUAAAACAUCCAGUGUUGUGGGGGGUUGAAUAACAGACUGUUUCUAUAUACCGUCACUAUAUACCGUUGGGCUAUCUCGGGGGGCUCGGGGGGCUCGGGGGCUCAGCCCCCUUUUAAUUAAUAGAAUUCAAUUCAGAAAAAUUUUGGGGUCUCAGCUCCCUCUCAACAAAUCAGUUCAUGUUUGUUUUACAGUGUCGCUUAAUAGUUUGAAUGUUUUGAAUAUACAUAACGGAGAGUCUUUAACAGAAAUGCAAGUAUAUUGAGUGCUUUAAGGGUGUGGUCUCUUGAAGUUUCCUAUUGCACAGCCCUUCUUCUUUAGUUCUUAGGACGGCAUCCCGGGUCUACAUACUUGACAAUAGUUUUCUUGUAGUAAAAAAUUGUUUUCAAUCUAACAUGUAAUUUUUCAACUUCUGGAUGCUGCAUGUGCUUCAACGUCCCCCAAUGACCUUGAUGAAACGAUUGCCAAAAGCAUCUCCAUUUAAACGGAGUCUGAAAAAUUUCUGGAAAAAAGCGUCGGUUGUACAGUAAAUACGGUACACAAGAAAGUUGCUACCUUCACCACAAUGGUAAGCGUGGGAACCCAGUGUUGUGACCGUCAAAGUUCAACUGGCCCCGAAAUGAGAGAUGUGGCAGUAAACACAGAAGAAAUGGCAGGAUUUGAUGAUUCUACCGCUUAUGUCCCAUCCUGCAGUGAGUCAGAGGGUGAGACCGAUUCCUUCAAAGAUGCCGAUUUUUCUUUCCACAGCGACGAAAAUGCAUCAUCUACGGAGGCUAGUGACGAAACUGAUGAUGAGGAGCUAGGCAACGAGCAACCAAGCCACGACACAAAAUUUGUUGUGUUUUGGUCAUGCUUGCUUCCAUUGCUGCAAAUUUGCUCAACUUGCUUUACGACUAUGACUUUACGGAAAAUUAUACGCAGUGGGGUCAUGGUAAAAGUUGAACGAAUUUGCAGCAAUAGCCACAAAACAUCAUGGUACUCCACUCUGAGAAUACGUGGGAUGUCUCUGGGGGAUCUUGAAUUGUCAGCUUCCAUACUUUAUACCGGCAGUACUUUCACAAGAAUCCAAGAGAUGAUUUCACUAUGCAACAUAUCGUUUUUAGGUCGCACAAGCUAUCACGCUAUACAAAAACAAAUACUUUUCCCAACUGUCGAUGACUUUUACGAAAACGCUAGAAAACAGCUUAUUUCCUUAGUGGAUGGUCCUGUAGCCUUAGCAGGGGACGGUAGAUGUGAUUCGCCAGGUUUUUCUGCAAAGUAUGGUACAUAUACUGUGAUGGACACAAACACCAUGAAAAUUUUAGACUUUUCCGUUGUCCAUGUAGGAACUGUCUCGAGUUCUAACGCAAUGGAAAAGCAGGGUUUGAAAAAUUGCCUUCAAUCUCUAGAGAAUCAAGGGAUGAGUGUGGCAUCGUUAACUACUGAUCGUCAUCAGCAAAUCAAGGCAUACAUGAAAAACGAAAAGAGUAACAUUAAUCAUCAGUUUGAUAUUUGGCACGUAAGUAAAAAUAUUAAAAAGAAAUUAGUUUUGCUAGCAAAAAGAAAGUUUGAGUGGUCUUGUGCGACAUGCAACAAAGAUCCUUAUAUUCUUCGCGAAAAAUGGUUAAGUAUCUUAUACCAUAUAAGGAACAUACACAGAUGGGAAGAUGCAACCAUUUAUAAACGGUGUGCACAUGCAAAGCUAUCCAAAAGAGACAGAUUGGAAAAAAAUUGGUUAAUAGAAGGUUUGCCUGCUUAUGUCGCACUCGAAUCGGUCAUUAAGGACAAAUUCCUGUUAAGAGAUUUAAGGUAUUUAACCGAAUUUAGUCACACGGGGCAAAUCGAGGUAUAUCAUUCCCUUUACAAUAAAUAUUGUCCCAAAAGGCUGCAUUUUGGUUUCGAAGGAAUGAUUGCUAGGUCGGAACUUGCAGUAUUGGACCAUAACGCUGGGACAGAAUGUAGACAUGCCAAAACUCGGGAUGAUGAAUAUCCGCACAAGUUGUCGUUUUUAAAAGUAACGCAAAACUGGGUAGUAAAAAAAAUUCCCGAAAAAAAAGACAAAUCUUAUUUACGGGAACUUAUGACAAAAACAUUAGAAGCAAGAGAAAAGAAGAAAGCACCGAAAUCUAUAAUACCUGGAAGCGUACCACAAUACCUUGCAUCUAAAGAAAAGCCAGACAAAGCUGAGGCCGUAAAAAACAAACGUACACGCUUUGAGACAUAA